CGCCCAACCAAAACUGCCGCAGGCUAGUGUAAAGACUACCGACGGUCUCACGUAAAUACGCCCUAAAUUUAUCUUCACGGGAGGUUGUCUCUGAUUGGUUGGUUUCAAUGUGGUUCAUAGCAGCACCACAGGCAGGCCAGCUAAAGCUUACACAGAGAGAGAAAACCGUUUACGGUACAACCCAUUAAAAAACGGCCGAUAAAUCGGCCAAUAGACCACACAGGAGAGACGUAUCACACAUUUCAUGUAAGGUAAGCUGUUUUUUAUUGAAAUUCUUUCAUUUUCGUUCGUUGCAGAAACGAUAGGUUUUUUCCCCGUACAAAUCCUUGUGUUUUGAAUGUUACGUAACAAUGCCGAUGCUCUCUGGUGCUUGCUUUCGAGGUUGGCUUAUCUGUGGUGGCACCGGUUCACCGGUUCACGGAUCGCCGGUUCUUCGCUUGGUCGUGACCAUGAAAACUGAAAGCCAACGGCUCUUCUUCUGUUUUCAGAACUUCAUCACUGUGACUCAGUAUGAACAUUUGUUUGUUAUGCCAAACAGUUGUCAUCUUUAGGUCCUUACGUUUUACUCUGUAGCAGUUUCUUCAUGGCGCUAGACUUCGUGGCGGGAUGCUUUGGAGGUUAGUUCAAUGAUGAGACUUUACAAAUUAAUUUUGCUACCGCGUGUAUUUGUGAAAAGAAAUUAAUUUGUGCGAUUGAGGUUAAUACUCAAUUCUGUUUAUCAGGACUGUCUGGAAUUGUAGUUGGCCAUCCUUUCGACACAGUAAAGGUAUCAAGUGAUUUUUAAUAGCUGUUAAUAGUGGCUCUUCACGGGCCAACGUUUUCUGUCCACACAUGCGGUCGAGAUCGAUAUUUUUCGUUUGAAUUGUUUUAUUUUCCUGGCUUCACAUUUUUAGGUUCGCCUUCAAACUCAAGUAACCAGACGAUACUCCGGGACAGUGAAUUGUUUUGCUCAGAUAAUAAAGCAAGAAACGGUAAGACGAGACAGGGGAUUAUUUAAGCUUAAUGGCGCGGCCCAUUCAUAAAAUUGUAUGCAGUGUUUGUUGUUUACACGCAACAGCAACAUGGUAGACUUGCUACAGGUCAUAGGAAGUUGAUAAAUUUACGUAAUUUCCUAGUACGUGACAAUAUUUAACUGUUCUUAUGGUCUCUGUGGUAUACUGACGUUUUUCAAGUGGCGUAAUUUGCCGGGUGAUAUGACUGAAUAUUUUUCUUGGUAAACCAUCGAAAGAAUUAAGCGAAAAGACACUCGUCGACACUCGAUGAAAUUUGGUUGAAAGGAAUAGUUUGUGUAUCGUUUGUACUGUGUAUUGCCUUCCUUGCUUCCAGAGACUUCUCGCUGUUUUUUUCUUUUCAAAUCAUGCUAGGCUUUCAGUGUGAAUCCAGCAUCAUAGUUCUCUAACGGUUUGAGGAAAGGGCUUUGGCCAAUGGACCUUGUCACGGUUUAUGCCAUCUUGACGAGUGGGCAAACGCGUGACAAAUUACAGUGUUUGUAUGAGAAUCUAAUGUCGAAUAAUUUCCGUAGAACGGCUGUUCUGAAAAAAAUAUGAAUUGUAAACAAAAGAUUCACUCCUAAACACUCUACCGAAAAAAAUUGAGGGGACUACAUGCGCUAGAAGACCUAGAACAACUUUUUAAAACUUUCUAUACAUUUGUCUGUAAUAAAAUUAAAGUCCAAGGAAAUGUUACAGAUUUUAUAUGGAAAAUCUAAAGCAAGCCACUUGAGAAAUUUAUGCACAAGUAUGCCCCGAAAAUUUUUUUAGUACAAUUCUUUGCUUUCUAGUUUUAUUUAACAAUUGAUAUUUUUUCAGAACAGCCAUUUUUUAGAUUCUCAUACAAACACUGUAAUUUCUCACACGUUUGCCCACUCGUCAAGAUGGCAUAUUAUACACAUAUAUAUAGCAUGGAAUCUACAUCUCAAUUCUUUGGUGCAUAUGAUGAUAAUAUGUCCCCAGCUCAAAAUAUGAGCCCCUGGUUAGCUGUAUUGGAUGCGCGCCAGUCUGUCGAGUGGGAGACCAAGGGUUAAAACCACUCGUGAAUAACUUAGAAGAAUAAGGUGCCUUAGUGGUGAAAUCAACAACAGUUGGAAUUUCUAGUCUUCUCAGACAUGGACAAUAAACUGCUGGUUAGUCCUGUUUCACAACUCUUGCUCACUUAGAAUACCGGUAUGUUGUUUGUAUAGAGCAGGGAUGUGUCCCCCAGUGUGGUGGUCUAUCUUUGGAAGCAUGUGGUCUGCAUGGCUGGAUUAGCUUGAAGAGGGCUUCUGAUUGAAUGAGAUCAUAACGAGAUCAGGGGCACCCAAUGAGAAUAUAGUUCAAAACCACUUAAAUAUAGCACUGUUGAACAUAUUUUAGUAUUUAAAUGGUAGAUAUAGGUAUAUUUUUAUGCCCUUAAACUUUUUCAUCUGUUUGGAUUUCCUAGCUGAAAGUCUGUGAUCUAAAAUUAUGGGGAUCAAAACUUACCUUUUCGAAAAUUUCAGCCAGAAGAAAGGCUCCCAAAAAUUCUAGGUGACCUUUUCAGGGUAAAAAUCCGUUAAAAAUGGGCAAUUAUACCAUUUUUGGGGGGUUUGGAAAUCCUGGGAGAGGCUGGCAAGCAAGAAAUUUAACAACAAAUGUUCCGAAAAUUCUAGAUCUCAAAUCGUCUUCCAAACAGAUAUUUUCCAAAAAUUGUUGUUGGGUGCCCUGAAGGAGAUGAUAAUGUACGUACAGUUAACUCUCUGUUACCGGACACCCACAUUAGAUGGACACCUCUCUCGGUCCCUGGCAUUUUUCAGUCAUUUUACUGUAAGUACACUCUCUAUAAGACGGGCUUAUAUCUAAGCUGGACAACAGACACUUGAAUCCAUCAAUGGACAAUUGGGAAGUGCUUUAUGUUCUAAAAAAUUAACCUGAGAUCAGGCUCUAUUUUCGUUUCGCUUUGAAAAUUACAUUCUGGUGGGCAAGGCAAAACGAAAAGAGAGCCUGAUACAAACCUUUAACGAAAUGUCUGCCACUCACUUUUUUGAUUGAUUGACAUUUGCCGAAUCAGCCAAUCAGAAUUACUUCCGUUGCUUGUUUUUCUAGUAUGCAAAUUUUUCACGCGUGGGAAAAAUGCAGACUGGCUGACUUUUAUCUGUUAAUUUUUUCAGCUAAAAAUAAAACAGUCAGCACAAUCACAUUUAACUUCUUGCGAGAUUAAGGGAGAUCUCGAACGUUACUUCUGUUGGCGUAGAAGGUAAAAAGUUUUCGAAAAGACGGCGACACGAUGUUCUACUAGUUUUAUUAUUUUGGCUAGGCACUCUGGAAUUUAAAAUACUGAAAACUCUAUUUUUCCGUUGUCUUGAUAUUUUCCUCGGCAAUUUCCCCCGAUUUUCAGUACCUAAAUCUUUAAAAACAAAAGCAAACAGCCAAUGAGCGAGGACACCAGUUUUCUUGGUUUAUUUUUAACAAAAAGCGUAGUCAAACAACCAGUCUGUGAACACUGAAAACUCCUUGAACAGCGAUGCGAUAGUUUUCUGCUAAUACUUCACAGUUGGUGGUUGAGGUUUCUUUCGCAGUAAGCCUCCGCUUGCAUACCCCGUUCAGAGAAGUUAUUCCCGGCUAAACUUUAAAAUGGAACCAGUUUUAAGAUGGACAGUAUUUUGAUUUGCACCCGUUUGUUGGUAAAUCAAAAUGCACCUUGUUAGUGGUCAACAAUUUGCAGAGGGAUUCAACUCCGCGAUGCACUCACUUUCCGUGAAUAAAGCAAGUCCUGAGAAGAUAUGAACAACCACAUGAAUUUUCUGAAUUUCCAUGGCACAUAUUAAGGCAUAUUUUCCUACCAUAAGACCAUAAAACGAUAAAAAAGACAGCAAAAUCGAUCCUUCUCUCCACCGACGACGGAUCAUUCACGAAAACAACCACGCGAGGAAUAAGCGCUUUCAACUUCCGGCAUUUCCGACAGCCAAUCAGAUCUUGUGGCAUUGUUCUAACAGCCAAUCAGCGUUACGGCGGUAGCCUUUAGAGAGAAUGUAUGAGAACCACUCAAAUUGGGCCUGAUCUCAGGUUACUAAAAAAUAGCCCAAAACGGAAAUUCAGGUGCUGUCUAAACGACUGUAAAUUGUAAAAUGGUUGAUAUUUUGUAGUCUUGCUCAAAGUGUAUACUGCCAUGAUUUUUGAGCAUAAAGCUGUGAACGUUUGUUUGUAAUUAGCGUUUGAUCGCACAAUGAGAAAAUAAUUCCACUUUUCUGUUACAAUGUUCCAGUUUAAGCUGUUUUUUAUAACAGACAUUAUUCAUUGCGAAUAGGUUCAGCUGUAAAAAUUAACAGUGUCACAUUACCUUGACUCUUUACAAGCUGGACAUCUCUCAAAGACAGACAGUCAGCACUGGUCUCGAGGGUGUCCGCCUUAGAGGGGGUUGACUUUUGACUGUCAGCCUAUUUUCUGGGCACUGGAACCCUCUGUCAGGAACUAAGGAACACAAGAAUGAUCCAUACAGAAACUGUGCGUCCAUUGUACAAUAGUCAAAAUAGAAGGAUUGAUAUGGGGAAACCAAUGUGAUUACAAAAAUGAGGAAUGAAUUCUGAAUAAGAAAACCUGCGUACCUCAUUUUUACCUAGCUUCAUGAUUGUGCUUCUUGCGCAGUUUGCUGAUCAGUGUUUGACAUUUUUGUUGAGUGGAUUUAGAUUUUACUGUUUUCUUCUCCAUUCACCCUUUCCCCAGCACUGGGCUGUCAUUAAGGGCCAGGGAUCAGUGAUUUCCACCAGCUGUUAUGAAUAUGACUCGUGGCAACUUCGAAGGUCACAACUUUUAAAGGAAAAUAGAUUACCAAAUGAACCUCCUAGAUGUUAAAAUUCCCACCCAUUGAGUGCAUUUCCAUUGGCAACUUGACAUUUUAGAGACAGCCCUGCCCAAGGUUGGAUAGUUAAACAGAGUGACUGUUACUAAGUCGAUGCACUGAAGGAAAACAGCUAUAACUUGACUUGAUAAUCUCUGUUAUCUUGAAAUCCUACAAAAGUGGUGUUGGAUUGUAAAAUCUGUGACUCACCAAGACACACAGAGAAGUUGCAAAAAAUCUAGACUUUGCAGCAAAAAGGCUUGUGAAAAAUUCACAGUCUCAGUCUCAUUCCAACCACUCAAAUACAUCAUGGAUAAGAAUUUUGUGUUUAUUUUAUCCUCCUGAUAGCACAAGGUGCAAAUUCACCGAGAGACAUUAAAUCAUUGUCUUGCAGUCUCUUCAACAGUUCUGUGUGAAAUGAAAAGCAACCUAUAAAAGGCACUUUCUCUGUCCCAGUGAAGAGUUGGUUUAUUUAACACUUUAGUUUAAUAAUCGCUGCUUUAGAAUCUGCUGGUCCCUUAUGACUUAUUUUUGCUAGUUGGCAACUAGAAAAUGUAUGUUUUUGCUGCAUGCUCUGAUUCUUGGUACCCUGGAUUUUCUAGGUUCAGUGCUUGUGGACUCCUUCAAAAUUGUUUUUUCUUCUUUAAGCUCAUCCCUGAGGGGCAUAGUUGUUUUAGUAUUUACCAAAUCGUUUAAUAGAUAAGAAUGAAAAAUUAUGUUCUUUUAUAAAUGGAAGAUUUCAGUGAGAAAGAGCUUUGUCUACUUUUUAAUUGCACUUUUUAAUGUAAAAUAUUUGGGUAUUUUGUCUGGUGUCUUUUCAUGAUUUUGUUUCAAAUUCAGUACGAAAAUAAUUUUCCAGCCACUAACAAGACAAAUUGUGUUGCUUUCUUGGUAUUUUUGGAUAUGAGCUGCAUCCUUCAUCACUAAAUAUUUUUUUAAGAAACUGUUGUAAAACUAGAUGCGGUGCUCCAAAUUAAUUUUUUGGAUAACUAGCCCUUUAGGUUAGUGGGCAUAAAUUUGACUAACCAAAUACUUAUGGAUGGAUUGGUUCCAAACAGUGUUUGUUUAGACUCGUCAAACCGUAACCAGGUGAAUGCCUUUUCUCAUUCUUCACGGAAAAUUCCUUCUUGUUUUUGCUUUUCUUUGUACCGCUUUUGAAGAGCCUUCCAUAGCGUUGUAAACUGUACUUGUUCUUUGCUGUUUUUCACAAUCUUACAUUUCCUCUUCACAACUGUAGUGCAGCCACCUUUUUCUGCAAAAGCUUUCCAAGGAUCUCUGCAUCUAAUGUGUAUAAUAAAUAGGUUGAACAAACGAGCCACUUCCAAAAGAAAAAAAAAAACGCAGAAAUUAUGCAAAUGUUUGGACAACCAUUGAACCAAUCAAAAUCACUACAUGGUUUUCUGGUCGUGAUGCCACUGCAUGGCAUUAACAGCUGGUCGAUUCAGACGUUAGUGAGGGAGUGAAAACGACCAGAAGUAAUCUUCUGAAAUUCAUGCUAUGGCUUUAAAUAAUAAUUUAUUAUCUGUUUCUCCCAUGACAGGUAUCUGGUCUGUACAAAGGCAUGUUAUCUCCAAUGGCAGGGGUAGGCCUCAUAAACGCCAUCAUAUUUGGUGUGCAAGGUAAUGUUUUGCGGUUUCUGGAGCCAGGGCUAUCGAGCCAGUGUAUUGCCGGUGGAAUUGCAGGUGCUGUUCAAUCAAUCGUCUGUUGUCCAAUGGAGCUGGCAAAAACCCGUGUACAAGUUCAGAACUUGGCAGGAAAAACUGGGCAGAGAUACCAUGGCUCAUUCGAUUGCUUACAAAAAAUUUACAAACAAGGUGGAAUUAAAGGCUGCUACAGGGGUAUGGCUUUGACUCUUAUAAGAGAGACUCCUUCCUUUGCUAUUUAUUUUGCAACCUUUGAAUUGUAUUGCACUGCAUUGGUACCCAGAGGCCAAGACAUGGAUUGUAUCGGACCUCUUGGACUGUUAUUAGCUGGAGGAAUGAGCGGCAUCUCUUCUUGGUUUUUCACUUAUCCAAUAGAUGUUAUAAAAUCAAGAUUCCAGGCAGAUGGUGAUGGAAGAGAUCGCAGAUACCAAAGUAUACUGGAUUGUGUUAGAAAGACAUACCGAAGUGGUGGUUUACAUGCCUUUUCACAAGGACUUACUGCUACAAUCCUUCGGGCAUUUCCAACUAAUGCAGCCACAUUUGCAACAGUUACAAUAACUCUUAGAUUUGCAAGAAGCUAUGACAAACAGCUUGAACUUGCUUAAUUAUUUUUCUAAUGACAUACAGAGGGAUUUAACAUUGGUAUGUGACUUUUGAGGGAAUGAAAUUUAAGGGGGUUCAUUCUGCAAAUUUUUUCAGUGCAACAAGGAAUGUUCUCCCUGUUUUUCAGUCCAACAUGUGUAAACAGGCCUUGUUGAAAGCCCUCUUGCUCCUAUUUCUGGUUAUAAUUUGCUUAAGACAAGACAUUUUAAAGCAUGGCGAGAACAUAAUACUGAGAAAUAUUUUUGAAGUAUUCAAUUUUGUAUUGUGCAGCCUUUAAAAAAAGGACAAGACAACUUGUUUUACUAACAAGCCAGCUACAUAUUAUAGUAAUGGAUAAAGGCUAAAGAUGCAUAGAAAAUAUUUUUUAUUGACUACUAGCUGUAACAUAUUAUUGUAUAGCAUCUUCUAACCAAGAUGUGAUUAUCACUUAUUGUUAGCAAUUUUAACUUUAAAAUCCUCAUAUUAACAACCUUUAUUUGAUUAUCACAACUCAAUGUUUCUUGCAGGUUCAUAAAAGUAAGUUGUCGCUAAAAGAUUUAAAAGCAGUCAUUUUGAGUGUAGCUCUUCAUUGGUUUGAUGUCUCUAAGUUAAUGUGAAGGGUAUCCAACAAAAUGUUGCUUUUGAUUCUCUUUUUAGUGGACAGUAAAUGUCAAUAAAACGACGGAAUUUUGACAUUUUUAAUAGUUCAAAUAAGUUAAUUAGUGGAAGUAGAUGAGAUGUUUCAUGUUUGACAUAAGACUGGCAGACAGCUGGUUCUGAAUAACCUAGUCAUAUUCCAGCAAUUAGUUAGCUCUCUCUAAGUGGACACUUCUAUAACAUUAGGCUACAUUUUACAGACAGUCAUCAAACAAUGGCCCCCCAGAAUUUUCUCAUGUCCAGCUUUUAAUUCAUCCAUGAUUUUACCAUUUUCAAGAUGAACUAAAAUCCUCUGGAACAAUUAAUGUCACAUACCUUCCUUACAACUUCAUGUACUUUGCUUGAUGUUGGACUGCAUCAGUUUUUGUCUUGUAAGACCAAAAUGAUGAGUUCCUCAGAGAUUUGUGCUUACAUAAAAAAUGAAUUAUCUUAUGCCCUAAAACUGACCCGUAGAGGUGGUUCUUUCAUCUCUUCUUUCUCGUGUUUUUAGGACUUCUCGCACACCUCUGUAAACCUGUCCCAUGCUGGUGAUGUACAUCUUUGAGAAAGUUGACUGUACUUUUGAUAUUUUAUGGAAAAGGAAUUUAAAUUGCGGGCUCAUUUUAAAUGAAGCACACCACACAUUAUGCUACAUUGUGGAUUAUACCAUUCCCCCCCCCUUUUAUUGCGAGGACGGAACCACUAUUAAAGUGAUAUACAUAAUUUCUCGAUACCAAAUUUAUGUGGUGUAACAUUAAGAAUUUCUCAAUGUUCUUGGGUAAAAUAUUAUUUUAUUUAUAGUUUAGUGCACAAGGCAAGUUUAGUCAUUUAAGAGAUUGAGGGGCCCCUUUGCACUAAAGUAAAUUUUGUUUGUUUCUACAUAAAUAGUGAAAGAUUUUUGGGAAACAACAUCUCAGCCUCCUGUUAAAGCAUUAUUGUUUUUGGUGACAAGAGAUGAUGUAAAAUAAUAUUAUAUGUCUGUUGUAGUUAAUUUUUUAUCGCAGGUAAUUUUUGUUUUUCUUUUGUUUUUGGGUAUGAUAGUGUAUGCUAACGAAGUUGAAACAAAGGAAAAAUAAAAAUUACGUGAGAUAAAAAAUUAACUACAACAUGUCCAUUCACCAUUUUCACGUAGACCUUCCCCCACAUAUUUUGCAUAACCAUUUUUUCCAAUUUCUCCUGGGUAUUACAGUCAUCCCAAGGAAAUCGAAGGCAAUGUUAUGCAAAAUUUUGGGGGUAAACAAGGUGCAUUAUGGUGUAUGUGAAAAUGGUGGAUAUUGUUAAUUCCUUUCUGAACACCAAGUGCUAGCAUCCAAAAAUCUGCCUUAUAACAUGCCUUGAUGGCACUUAAAAAAUGAUAGAUUGGUGGUUGUAAUGUUUUUUAUUGUUUUUGGCAUUUUAUCCCGAGAUUGAAAAUUAAGUAGAAUUUCAAAGUGGUGUUUGCACUUUUUAAGCACAAUUUUUUCACCAGAAAAAUAAGCCAUUUCUGAGUUCCCCCCAGGCUUCUGUUUCAAAACGAGGGUAGCCUUUGAUAUGGAAAUCGUUUUUCAUUCUCAUGCAAAUAAAACUCAUUUUCACAAGAAAGGUUGUGCACCUAGCCUCAUUUUGAAAGUGAGUGUUUUUGGAGCUCGGAAGUGGUCUAUUGCUUUAAGUGCAGAUGGGCCCUUAGUCUGGUAUAAAAUAAUAUUUUUGAAUAUUUUAAAAAGUUGUAAUAAGGUAACUAUAUUUAUUUCUCCCGUAAUAAAACUUGCCUGAGAC